UCAGCAAGGGCAACAGCAACAUCACCAUGCACUACACCUCAGUGCUGCUCCUUGUCCUACCUCUUGUGAUACUCGAACUCUGCGCCGCCAAGCCUUGGUGGCCCUCCAACGAUGUCGGCUACGAUGCCAGCUUGGAUCCAGUGGCCUGGUCUCGUGCCUUUGUCCAGGAAAAAGUACGCACAUCCCGGAGGAACAAGAACCGUCACCAGCAGUCCACCGGUUGGUGGUACCACACGCCCACAGCUCCCGAACCGACGGCUGCUCCCCUGCACUUUGUGGACAGAAAUAACUACAGGAGAUUCCUGAAGAGGCGCCGCAAGCUGGCGGCACGUGAGCGCCACCUGCAGACCCAUCGGCAUCAGUAUCCAAAUUCAUUCUCAUACACACAUCGCCAUUAGGAGGUGCUAAGCGUGCAUUAAUUCCUAGUUAUUAGCAUUAUUAAACAAUAGACCAAGAA